AUGAAUUGUUGCCGGACAUCACCAAGCCAUUCCUGGGUUUUUCCCACAGUAAACCUCUGCUGCUUUGGAUUUUUCUCAAUGAUGAAACCAUCAGAGCCAUUUGUCAUACCUUAUUUAGCAGGACCAGAUAAAAAUAUAAGCCUCAGCAUGAUCACAAAUGAGAUCUUUCCGGUUUGGACAUACUCUUACCUGGCGCUGCUGCUGCCCGUGUUCGUCCUCACCGAUUACGUCCGCUACAAGCCCGUCAUCAUCCUGCAGGGGAUCGCCUUCAUCGUCACCUGGCUGCUGCUCCUGUUUGGCCAGGGAGUGAAGGCCAUGCAGGUGGUGGAAUUCUUCUACGGGGCACCGUCCCAGAGUUCUGCAGUCUAUAAUGGGGCAGUGGAAGCUAUUGCAACCUUUGGAGGAGCUCUGGCAGCCUUCACAGUGGGCUGUGUGAAAGUCAACUGGGAUCUCCUGGGAGAGCUGGCCCUGGCAAUGUUCUCAGCAGCAGACGCAGGGUCUCUGUUUCUCAUGCAUUACACAACUAAUAUUUGGGUGGGCUAUGCUGGUUUCAUGAUAUUCAAGUCAAGUUACAUGUUUCUCAUAACGAUAGCAGCAUUUCAGAUUGCUGUUAAUCUCAGCGUGGAACGCUAUGCCCUGGUGUUCGGAAUCAACACCUUCAUUGCCCUGGUGAUCCAGACUGUCGUGACUGUAGCCGUGGUGGACAACCAGGGACUAGGGCUUCCGGUCAGCAUCCAGUUUUUAAUUUAUGGGAUCUUUUCUGUUAUUGCUGGAAUUUUCCUAAUGAGAAGCCUUUACAUAAUCUGUUCAGCCAAAUGUGGAAAGGAAAAAUGUAGGUCUUCUACUGGUCACAAUCCAAGUGAACUGGAGGACUCAAUUUCUGAUAUGAACACAGUAACACAGUUUUAGCCUGGUCUCUCCUACUAUGGACUCAAAGGACGGACGACUCUGAAAAUAUAUAGUACUACACUACGUGGCAUUUUAAUUUUUUGUCCUAGAUUAAAAUACCAUAAAAGACAGGAUUAUCAUCAACCUCGUCAACACCAUAUCAAAACCUCCGCUAUGGGCUGGUGAACUGGGUACAACCAAAAACUGGAGUGGACCAAGUUGAAACCAGCCAUCUUUAUGGCCUCGGUGAGCAAUUAGGACCCUGCAUACUGUUUUAAUAUUUUCAGAUCCACCCCAAAAGAACAUGGAAAUCAG